AUGCCGUUCCAGCUACAGAUCAUCUCAGAUCUGCAUCUCGAGACCCCGCUCAGCUCACCAGCAUACACAACAUUCCAGCUCGAAGUGCAAGCCAGCAAUCUCCUUUUGCUGGGAGAUAUUGGCCUAGUGAAGGACGAAGGGCUUUUCGAGUUCCUGCGAACUACUCUGGAGCAGUGUAUGGGAUGCCGUAUCUUCUACGUGACCGGCAACCACGAAGCUUACCAACUACCGUACGUGACGGCCAUCCAAAGAAUGCGCGACUUCGAGGCGGAGGCGAAAGACAAUUAUGGUGGUCGUUUCAUAUUUCUCGAUCGAGAUCGCUAUGAUCUCGAUGGCUCCACCACUAUCCUUGGAUGCACGCUGUGGAGCGCGAUCUCUGCUCAGCAGGCUAGUGAAGCGCAGCUACGACUCACCGACUUCAACAAGGAGCGGGGGAUUUAUGGGUGGACGAUGGAGGAUCACAUUCGGCGGCAUCAACAAGAUCUUGAGUGGCUCAAUGCGCAGUUGCAGGAGCUGGAGCAGAAAGAACCACAUCGACAGGUCGCGGUCGUCACGCACCACAGCCCCACUAUGGAUCCAAGGGCUAUUAAUCCUCAGCACCAAGGGAGUCGGCUAUCAAGCUGCUUUGCGACUGAUUUAUCUGAAGAGCUGUGUUGGAAUUCAUCUAUGGUGAAGCUCUGGGCAUUCGGACACACGCACUACAACUGCGCGUUCCGCGAUGAGAGUACUGGAAAGUUGGUAUCAGCAAACCAGAAGGGGUACGAGCGGUUGGGCGCGCGCGGCUCAAGAAGGCUCAAGAGUUUGCUGAUUGACACUGAUGGUGCAGAAUGGAAGAUCGUCCAAGUCGCAAAAGAGAAGAGAGUGGAAGAUGGCACAGAUUGUGGAGAGGGACAGAAUAGUACCGUUGAUGAUGAUGUGAUCAUUGUAUCUCGGAUUUGCAAGCGUUGGAAGGUUUUUGCGAAAAUAAGUAGACGUAUGCAUGGAAGAUCGCUGGUAAGAUAG